AUAUUCCACUGUAUUCCAUUUCCAUUCAGGCGUCGAAGAAACUCAGUAUUCCAAAGGUAAGGAGAAUGAGAGGGCUUUCGCCUUUCGGCUUUUGUUUAGUAAUGCAUUAUUAACCUCCUGCUCACUGAAACACUCGGAAGCCGAAACGAGACAUGGGGAAUGAGGAGGUCUGUGUGUCUUUCUAUGUAAUAGGUUAUCUCUUGCUCACCCCAGACACCGUCCAGCCAGUUGGUGAAGUCAACCAAUGCAAUCAAACAAGGGACAUUCGGUGAAGCCAAUCAAAUUAUCUAUUCAAAGACAUUUUGUCCAUGUGCAAUUGUCCCCAAGAAUCAAGCGUUGCCCGAUGACAACCUAGAGUUCUGGACAGGUUGUGGUAAGAAAAAAGUGUUGAUACACCGGUAAACCGGACGGCCACAAACCCGUUUUCCCUGUUGUUCCUCAUGGAAAGGGGAGACGCCUCAUAGCAUGAGAUCGCCAUUCCCCACCUCAUUGCUAUUCCUCAGUUUUCGAGCUCAUUGCUUCUCUCCCCAUCUCUUCAAUCGACACUGUCCGCUCGCUCUCUUUGCUGCCCAACUUCAACAAUCUUCAGUCUGUAAGGACGUGGCAACAGGAACUGCAAUACAUGCAAUUGCACUGAAGCUGGGAUAUGGGGACCUACUGUUCUUGAACAAUCAUCUGCUCAAUUUUUACUGCAAGUGUCAACUUAUCCAGAACGCGCACCGAUUAUUUGAUGAAAUGCCCCAGAGAAAUGUUGUCUCGUGGACUGCUCUCAUGGCCGGUUACGUCCACUGUGGGCAAGGUUACGAGGCCCUGCAGCUCUUUGCUGAGGCUAAGAAGGGUGGGGCUUGGGUGAAUGCGUUCACCUUCGCUACUGCCAUUAAUGCAUGCUCGGCUCUGGCCGACGUCCACGACGGACUGAAGCUGCAUGGCCAAGCCGAGAUUGAAGGCUAUGUGUCGAAUUUGGUGGUUGGGAGCGCUCUCGUUGACAUGUAUGGGAAAUGCGGCCUUGUUGACCAUGCGCGGAGAGUUUUUGACGAGAUGGCAGUGAAGAACAUCGUGACUUGGACGUCGAUGAUUUCGAUAUGUGCACAGAAUGGGCGUGGGCCUGAGGCUAUUCAGCUCUUUGCUGCCUUACAGGCCCGCAAUUUGGUGCCAAAUGAAUAUACAUUUGCGACUGUUGUAAAUGCCUGUGCGAGCUUGGGCUGUCUUGGUGCCGGGAAGUUGAGUCAUGCACUAAUUAUACGCCGGCACUGCGACACCAAUGAAGUAGUUUCUAGUGCACUUGUUGAUAUGUAUCCAAAAUGUGGUUGCUUAAACUAUGCAGUGAAGGUAUUUCGCCGGGUUGCCGAUCCGAAGGUGAUUCAGUGGACUUCCAUCAUCAUGGGCCAUGCUCAGCAUGGCCUCGGCCAUGCAGGACUGCAGCUUUUUGAUGAAAUGCUUGCGAGGGGCAUUCAGCCAAAUGAUGUCACGUUGGUUGGUGUUCUAUAUGCUUGCAGCCAUUCCGGUCUAGUUAAUCGAGGUAAGGAAGUCUUUGAUUCCAUGUACAGAGUAUAUGGAGUUAUUCCUGACACGAAACAUUAUACAUGCAUGGUGGAUAUGCUCGGCCGGGCUGGGCGUCUAGAUGAUGCAGAAGCGCUAAUCGAGACAAUGCCAAUGGCGCCAGAUGUUCUAUUAUGGGGUGCACUUCUAUCCGCAAGCAGAAGUCAUGGUAGAAUUGAGCUUGCCAUCAAGGCGGCUGAGAACCUAAUUGAGUUGAACCAACAACUAGAUUCCACUUAUGUGACACUUUCCAACAUGUAUGCAUCAGUUGACCGGUGGAGUGAUGCAGUAAGAAUCCGCAGAGAAAUGAAGAUCCGAGGUAUCUGCAAGGAGCCCGGAUGCAGCUGGAUUGAGGUUAAAAGCAAGACAUAUGUAUUCUUUGCAGGCGAUCAGUCAUGCGUCCAUGAAGGCCAGAUUAUCACUGUUUUGCAGGAGUUGGAAAAGAAGAUGAGGGAGAAAGGGUAUGUGGCUGACAGGAGUCUGGUGUUCCAUAAUGUUGAGGAAGAGGCCAAAGAGGAAAUACUUGGUUUUCACAGUGAGAGGCUGGCUUUGGCUUUUGGCUUGAUAAAUACUGCAGAAGGCUCGGUGAUAAGAAUUCUCAAGAAUCUGAGGAUAUGUAGUGAUUGUCAUGAAGCAUUCAAGCUCCUCAGUGAGAUUGUCAGCAGGGAUCUCAUAGUUAGAGAUGUUAACAGAUUUCACCAUUUUGGAAAUGGAUCGUGCUCGUGUGGAGACUAUUGGUGAUCUUUCACUAGUCAAGCGUGAUGUUGAAGCCAAGGUGUCUUGGCCAGGAAGUGUAGCUCGCUCAGUGCUGCAAAUUACUUGGUUGAGAAAAUGCAAGCAGCAGAUGGUGUUCAAUUCUGCAGUGCUUAGGCUGUUAAACAGAUGUUCAUAAUUCAAGGUGUUCCACAUGCAGCUUCUAACGCCCUCAGAUAAGAAGAGUCACCACGAGGGCCCUGAAAAUUUGAUUAGAGGCCAUUAGGAAUGCCAUGCGCGUGUCCCUGUUGAAAGCUGGACACACUCUUUGUCUUUGGUGCGCAGACCAGAAUAUAAGGGUUCUACUAACUGGAGCCUGCCAACGUGCAAUGAUGAUGUGAACGUAACGGAGUUCAUGUUUCUUGCAGGUGACCGAGAGCGCAUUUCACAACCUUGAGUGUGUAAUGGAUGGUAAGGCCUCGCUCUCCUUGCAUUUGAGAAGGAACGGAGGCAACAGUUGCUUUUUCACAGGUAGCGGCCGGCAUGGACCCUGGAGUUUAACUACCAUUUUCAAUAACAUAAUGAUAUAAUGUUUUAAUGUAGGGUGAUUGCCGUUGGCAUCUAAGUUCAUGUUUUAUUUGUGGUUAGAGAAGAUGGUCUAUGGUUUUUGGUGUAUAAGGAUGUUUUCUUGGGCAAUUGUGCAUCUGGCUGGACCUCGGUUUCGUUGCUAUGAGACGUGAUAGGAUUUUUCUGCUAGAAAAAUUGCUUAUGAAAUUGUUCCCGACAGAAAAUAUGCGUGCCUUU